UUUCUCUACGCUUCCGGUUCAAAGGUCACUCGUUGUCCUUCCCUUUCCUGGCGGCAAGGCAUGCGAGUGCGCUUCUGAAACAGAUGCUUUUUGAAUGAAGAAUUAUUUUUUUGGUAUUGAAACCUGAUUUACCUUUCUAAACAUGAGUUUGCCGCUGAAUCCGAAGCCCUUCCUGAACGGUCUGACAGGGAAACCAGUGAUGGUGAAGCUGAAAUGGGGGAUGGAGUACAAGGGUUACUUGGUCUCUGUGGACGGAUACAUGAACAUGCAGCUGGCUAACACAGAGGAGUAUGUGGAUGGAGCUUUGUCGGGUCACCUCGGGGAGGUGUUAAUCAGGUGUAACAAUGUUUUGUAUAUACGAGGAGUAGAAGAAGAGGAAGAGGAUGGAGAGAUGCGAGAAUAAUGCGGGGUUAUGGAUUUGGGGUUGAAAAUGUAUGGUUUAGUUUGUCUUAGCUGUAUGUUUAGUUUUGUUUCUUUUCUUUUUUUGUGAAUUCAUGUGUUGGUUUUUUACACUAUAAAAGCAUAAUUCCUGGCUGCACAAUGGUGCAAAUAAAAUUAUGCAUUUUGUA